CAUUUGUGCCAGUCUAAAAAGAAGAACCUCUCGAUGCAAGAAUGCCGGUCCGGCAGCUGGCCGUCUUCUUCGCGGUCGCGAGCCUGUUCUACCUCUUGUACACUUUCGUCGUUCCCCAGAUCCUGAGGUUUCGCUUCCGCGGGGACUUGAGUUGGUAUGAUCUGGGGUUGCACGGGUUCAGUCCCUCGAGGACGUAUGUCUCGUUCCGUUAUACGUCUCCUGUAGUGGAGAUAUCGCAGUAUGGUUCGGGGUGUAAUCCGGGCCUUACUUUUAUUGCCCCGCGGGGACAUUCCAUUCCUCAUCCCGGGCCGAUGAUUAUGGACGCACGGGGGGAUUUGGUCUGGAUGAAGCAUAAUCUGAAUGUUACGCAGGACUUUAAGGUUCAGCGGUAUAGAGGGCAGGAGUAUCUUACUUACUGGGAAGGGGAGGAAGUUGAUGGGCGUGGACGAGGUACUUGGUAUAUGCUAGAUCAGUCAUACACAAAGCAGUUCGAGAUCAAACCAGCUGGUGUCCUCGACGGGGAUUUGCAUGAGUUCCAAAUCUCCAAGGAUGAUACUGCCCUUGUGACCAUCUAUCAGGCGGUCACUGCGGACUUGAGGCCAAUCGGCGGCCCUGAGUCUGGCUGGAUCUAUGACAGUCUCUUCCAGGAGAUUGACAUCGCCACGGGGGAUUUAAUUUUCGAAUGGCAUGCGUCCCAUCAUUUCCCAGUUGACAGUACGUUCGAAGAGCGUAAGGAACGCGGUGCGGAGCCGGAUUCCGCCUUUGAUUUCUUCCACAUCAACAGCAUCGAUAAGGAUCCCCAGGGCAACUAUCUCGUCUCUGCACGACACACUCACACCAUCAGCCAAAUUGACGGUACCAGCGGCGCCGUCCUGUGGACGCUAGGUGGUAAACUCAAUGAAUUCACUGAUCAGUCAGACGGAGCAGCCACCAACUUCUCCUGGCAGCAUGAUGCGCGGUGGCACGGGGACAAAAUCCUGACUUUCCUCGACAAUGCCGCCAGCUCCAACGAUGACCUCACGGCUCAGAGCCGUGCCAUGGUCGUCGAAUUGGACAUACCGACCCGCCAGGUCCAACUGCGUCGAGCGUACUACCACCCCCAGGAAAUGAAAACGCUCUCGCAGGGGAACGUGCAAGUGCUGGACGGCAGUGGCAAUAUAUUCGUGGGCUGGGGCCACAGUGCUGCCUUUACUGAAUUCGACCCUGACGGAACGCUCCUAUGCGACGUGCAUUUUGGCGCUUCCGCAUAUUUUACCUUUGGACGUGUCGUGUCAUACCGUGUAUUCAAGGGCUCUUGGGUAGGACGCCCUCUCGAAGGGCCGAGCGCAGAAGUAUCUCAGGGCAGUGUCUUUGUUAGCUGGAAUGGCGCGACGGAGGUAUCUCAUUGGCGUCUGGAUGUGGGAGACGGCCGGAGUUUGGAACAGGUGGAGUUCCAGCCUCGAGCCCUGGUUGAGAAACGUGGAUUCGAGACCAAGAUUCCCAUUCCAGAGGACAUGCCGGCCCCUUACUUCCGGUUGGCUGCGCUGGACUCUCAAAACGAAGUUCUGGGAUACUCAAAUAUCCUCGGCGAGCGAUUAUCUUUCCCGCGAGAACAGCCGGUCUCUCUUGCAAUGUGGUAUUGGAUUUCUACCGCAUUUGUCUUUUUAGCGAUCGGGUUCUUGUUCAAACAGAUGCUUAGUCGCAGGUUAACGCGGGUGCGCAAUGUGAAACCACAAUGCUGAAAUUAUGUAUAUAUAUCAGAGCACAGUUGAUCAGUCCUGUAAAUAAAAUCUAGGGAAUUUAAACCGAGUAGAUCUCGCCAGGACCCGUGGGUU